AUGCUAGCUGUGGGGCUCCCAGGCUGCCAUGUUGGCCCACCUGUCCACCACUUUGGUCCAACAGCUCAGCGACUAGUGAAUGGGCUGACCUGAAAUUUUGCACACUUAUGGCCCUCAGAGAAUGAACUUUAAUUUGUCCGUUUGUUCAAACAAACACAAUUUGUGGCGUUAAACUUUAUUAGUUUCUUCUGAUGAAAGACUUUGGAAAUGACAUAAAGACAGAAACUAUGACAAACGCUAAAUUUUAAAAAAUGAGCUAAAUUCUGCGUGUGUAAUUGGUCUGAUUUGACAUGAUGUAUAAUGUGCUGGAGGUUUCAACACACAGUGAUGACGUCGGCUCUGACGUCACCGUCAGCACUGCUGUGAUGUGGAAGCAGCAGUGACAGCACAACACUCAGCGUUUGGACUUUACUCCUGUGUUUCGUCCAUACCACUCAGCUGCUUACAUAUAUAUACACACACACUCAUGAGCUGUGCAGAACACACACUCUGCAUUCAACAGCUCACGGACUGAGCAGCAAACUCAUCCACACAGCUGUAGCUUCAGUCAUCAUGAAGGUCCUGGUGGUGCUCGCCCUCGCUGUUUUCACUGCAGGUUGCAAUGCCAACAUUGUGCGGCCAAACCCAACCAGGCAGCAGGUCAACAUGGUCAAAGAUGCUUUCUGGGACUACGUGGCCAAGGCAACCAUGACCGCCGAGGACUCCCUGAAGCAGAUCAGAGGGUCUCAGCUGGCACAGGAAGUGAACACCCUCAUCUCUGAGAGCACCGACGUCGUCAGCAAGCUCACCGACACUCUUCGCACUCAGGCGGCUCCUCUCACCCAGGACCUCAUGUCUAGGUUUUCCCAGGAGGCCGAGCGCCUGAAGACCCACAUGGAGAAAGAUCUGAUGGCUAUUGGUAUUCACCUGCAGCCCUACGCCGAGGAGCUGGUGGCUGACCUCCAGAGGCAGGUGGAGGAGCUGAAGAAGGACGCGACCCCCUACACCAACGCCAUGAACCCUGAGGCCCUGAAGACCGUCCUGCUGCAGAAGAGCCAGGAGCUGAAGGGGCAGCUGGAUAAGAGCGUGAACGAGCUGCAGGCCCAGGUGGUUCCCUACACCGACGAGAUAAAGGAGAAGAUGGAGCAGAGUCUUGAGGAGUUUCAGAGGAGCCUGAUCCCUCUGGCCCGGAGCUUUGAGACCCAGCUGACACAGAAAACCCAGGGGAUCCAGCAGCGCCUGGCUCCAUUCGGAGAGGAGCUGAGGACCAAGCUGGACGCUGAUGCCCAGAACCUGAAGAGGCAGCUGACUGCUCUGUGGAGGUCAUUCACUAAGUUGACCCAGUAAACAGAUUUCUCAACUUCCUCAUCAUCAGCUAUCUCUGUUGAAUCAGUGUUUAUGGUCCAGACCAAUAGUGCAAUACUUCCUCGUCUGUGUUUUUGUUAAUGAAAGGUGCUCUGAAAGGCAACCUUUUGAAUCAUGUCAGUAUUUUCCUCUGUUGUGUUACUGUUUGCAACUAUGAACUUUCACCUGUAAAGGAUAAA